AGACACUAGCCAAAAAGCAAGCCAGUGCCGCGCCGCGCGCACAGCUGCAGCCACGCAGCGCUAACAUUUGCCAGCGCGUAUUCUUUGGCUCACUUGUACACCGGACCGGUACGGACCGGUAGCACAAGCUUAGCGGCACGGAGAGGGCAGCGCAUCACUUUGGUGCCAACCGCAGCCGCGCGUAGCACAGCAGUCAAAAAUGAAGAAGAACACCUUCAUCCCCGAGGCCAUGCGCGGCGUCUGCUUCGAGUGCGGCGCGCGCGGCCACUUCGGGCGGGACUGCCCCGUCCGUAAAGCAAAUGACGGGCGGCGAGGCAAAAAACGCGUGCGCUUCAACCCCGAGGAGGACGUAGCAGAGGCGGCCGAGGUUGAUGAGGGCCUCGAGCCCCGGACGGCCAUGGACGGAGAUGUGGAUGAUGAUGAUGAGGACGACGACGUCCCGGUGCGCGCGAUGAAAGAUGAAAUAGAAGGCGAGGAGAACGACACGGGCGAGCGCUACAAUGAGGUGGGCGAGCGCAUCGAGCCCUUCAAUCUGCGCGCGGAGCGGGCGAACGACGGGUUCUUCGACGCGAACGGCAAUUUUGUGUGGAAGCGCGGCGACGCGGAGCCGGACGCGUGGCUCGCGUCCAUGGACGAGGCCGCCGAGGAGGCGGCGGUGGGCGAGGCGUUGGCGCGUUCUACGAAGAUGGAGGAGAGCGACGGCGACGAGGAGCCCUCGCGAGAGCCUUCUGAGUUGAUUGUGGAGCUUAUACAACUACUGGAGCCGGGCGAGACCGUGGCGGCGGCGGUGCGGCGCGUCGGUCGAUUGCUCAAGGGCGAUAAAUCAGUGCGGCCCACUUUUGAGCGGCUGACGGCCGCCGCGGACGCAUUGGUGCGGAGCGGCCGCGGCGGCGUCUACGAGGAGACGCGCGAGGAACUUGAAAAGACGGGCAAGCCGCCUCGUCUGAUAGCGAAGCCCGACGAUAGGAGACGAUGGGAGUACUGGGCCAAGGACGGGAAGACCUACGGGCCGUAUACCACCCAACAAAUUUUAGAUUGGCGCGCCGAGGGCUACUUCGCGGGCGACGGCGGUGUGCCGAUGCGUCUCUACUCAGAACCGAAGGCCGCCGACGACCUCGCGGGCGACCUCGAGGACUCGGACGACGACGCGCCGGCGCCGGAAACGAAGUGGCUCCACUCCGACGACAUCGACUUUCUGGGCGACGGGCAGGAGUCGCCGCUCCCCUAGCCGGUCGCGCCGCGUAAAAACUAAUGUGGU